AUGAAGAUGAGAGCUAACAUUACUACUAUUCUUCUGCUUGUUUCUUUACUCGCAGUUGUUAUAAGUAGUGUCGUUGGAGGAAAUGAUAAGAAAAAUGGAGGGCUUCGAGAAAACUUUUAUGGUAAAAGUUGCAAAUCACUUGAGAAAAUAGUACGUAGUGAAACAGAGAAAAAGGUUGAUGCAGAUAAAACCUUGGCUCCUAAGCUGCUAAGGCUGCAUUAUCACGAUUGUUUCGUCAGGAAAGUACAUUAUAUGUGUGUUUGUGUCGAUCCAGUAAAUGGUGAUAAUACAACAGAAAAGAAUGCGGUUCCCAACCGGUCGUUAGCUGGAUUCGAAGUGAUUGAUGACAUUAAAGAAGCUCUUGAGAAACAAUGUCCUAACACCAAUGUUUCUUGUGCUGAUAUUCUCGCCUUAUCAGCCCGAGAUGCUGUCUCUGUCCUAGCUAAAAAAUCGCUAUGGAAGGUAUUAACAGGAAGGAGAGAUGGAAUAGUGACCAGAGCCAAUGAGGCUUCAAGGGACUUGCCUUCCCCAGGAUCUAACUUCACUACUCUCCUUACUCUCUUUGGCAGAUUCGGUCUUGAUAAAACUGAUCUCGUUGCUUUAUCUGGUGCGCACACAAUUGGAGUGACACAUUGUCCAUUAGUAUUCCGGAGGCUGUACAACUUCACCGGAAAAGGAGACACCGACCCAGCACUGGCCCCAGCCUUCGCGAACGAGCUGAAGAAGACAUGCCCACCACCGGUGGCAGUCCCGGCGACGACGGUGGAUAUGGACCGCCGCAGUGCUCUCACCUUCGACGGCAACUACUUUAGUGGUCUUAUCAAGAAACGAGGUGUGUUCACAUCGGACGCUGCGCUUCUCACCGAUCCAGCCUCCGCCCACCUCGUCAAUAAGUUCAGCAGCGACAAAAAGUUCAUGGACGCCUUCGCUAUCUCCAUGGUCAAAAUGGGCGCCAUUGGCGUUCUUACUGGUGACGAAGGGGAGAUCAGGAACAAUUGCCGAGCUAUCAAUAAUUAA